GACAGUUGCUUCAGAGACACAUAUUAGAAAUAAAUAUUUUUUUGUUGAAUAAUCAAAUCAUUUUUGCACAAAAGAUUUGAUGAAUUUUAUGUACCUAUCUUUCUGUGGUGCCUAUAUAAUCAAGGUGGCUAUGUGGGAAAUACAUGAAAAAUUGAAAAGCAAAAAAGAGAGUGAUACUUCUGCUAGUGUUUGCUGUUUGGUUGCACCAAUGGAGAGCUCAAGAAAUGGUGACGUCACGGUCACCUAUGAGCAGGCAUUGUUCGGCCGGCGCCGGAACGGCGGCGGGUUCGCCGCCUACCUCGACCUCGUCCGGGAGGAAGGCGACGCCGGCGAGCUGCCGCCGCGGUGGCCAUUGCCGUCGCAUCGUCCGCACGGCGCGGCGAGCCGGAGGCGCACGUACGCCGAUGACGGUGGCGAGCUCGACGUGUUUGCCGCCGAGAGGUACUUCACGGGAGCAAUGGAUGCCGGCGGCGGCGAGUGGAAGGUGGACGUCGAGCCGGAGGUGGUUUUUGCGGAGAUGGCUCAGGCGGCGACGGCGAGGCCGGCGGUGGCGGUGAGCAGGCCGUCGUGGACGCGCGCGUCGGUGGCGAGCGCCGGGUCGGGCUCCACCGCCAACAGCCAGACCGUGCUGCUCCGGGACGAGCACCGGCGGCCGGGGUACCGCGGCGGGAAGUGCUGCGUGCAUGUCGGCGGGUUCCUGCGGUCAUGCUCCGGAAAGCGGUCGGUGCACGUCGACGGCGGCGAGGUGACAACGGAGCCCGCCGGCGCCCCGGGGCAUGAGACGGCGCCGCCGCCGGCAAGCAAGAUCGAGUGGUACAGAGACCUGAGGAUGGACAAGGCCGGCCGCCUCGGGCUAGCCGGAGACGGGGACGGCAGCAGCCAUGGCGUGGUCGCUGCUGGUCUCCCGCCAAAUCUGAACAUUGGCGCGGCGAGAGUAGCAGCCAUCGGGAGGGAGGAGACGACGGCGAACGCGAGCUUUCGGAGAAACUUCACUCUCCUGGCCCCCGUCAAGGUCACCGUGCCCGCAUCCGGAGACGUCGUCGUCGACGACGACGACGACGUCGGGAGCGAGUCGAGCUCCGACCUGUUCGAGAUCAAGAGCCUCAUGAUCGACGACUGCCCCUACGAGCCCAGCGAGGCGAGCGUCCAGUGGAGCGUGGUGACCGCGAGCGCCGCCGGCGGGUCCGUCGCGUCGUCGGAGCGCGGCGGCGGCGGCGGCGGCAAGGUGAGGCCACCACCACCACCACCACCAGUGGCCGUGAGGCAGCAGCACCGGCGCCAGGACCGGCCGGUCGGGCUGCUGACGGGAUGCGUCAGCCACAGGGCCGUCGACGUGUCGGCGAUGGCCGCAGCGCGCGGCCGGUCAGCGCCGGCGACGACGCGGCGGCGCGCUGAGGUGUCCCGGUUCGCGAGUAAUGGCCACCGGUGACACACAUUGGUCUACUGCGCUACAAUAGAUAAUUUGUUCCAUCUUUGUCACUGUUUUUAACCCAGGUGAUUAAGAGAUUGAGACUUGUCUGUCUGUCUGUCUGUCAAAAAAAAAACCAUGGACUAAAUUAUCCAUGAAUUUGACAGCUUAAAUCCUUAAAUUGCAGGAAUCAUGUAGUUUAUGUUGAAUGUAAUACAUGUACCAAACACAUGGAUUCA